UACAGAAACACCUUUUUUUGUUCAGUGCAAACUUUAAGAAACACUCAUUCAAGAAGACAACAUUUUUAAAUAAAUAAUAAACGAAUUGAAGGAGAAAUACCCAAUUCAAAUCACAAAAAAAUAUAACAAAUACAAGCACAAAAAAUAAUGGCUGGUCCAUUCAUAUCGCCGCUGCCCGGCGAUUUGCUAACGGAGUACAUGUUUGGCCGGAGACGUCAACGCCGGAACCGGACGACCUUCACGCCCCAGCAGCUGCAGGAGCUAGAGGCCCUGUUCCAAAAGACCCACUAUCCGGACGUCUUCCUGCGCGAGGAGGUUGCCCUGCGGAUCAGCCUCAGUGAGGCGCGCGUUCAGGUUUGGUUCCAGAAUCGACGAGCCAAAUGGCGCAAGCAGGCGAGGUUGCAACUGCUCCAGGACGCCUGGCGGAUGCGCUGCCUCAGCCUGGGCACGCCCCCCGUAAUGGGUGGCGGCGCGGCAACAGGAGCGGGACCAACACCUGGAGCUGGCAAUCGACCGGGCAGCCAAGCGCCCGAGAAUCUAUCUGCCGGCAAGGAUUCCGACAUGACGGAGGUGAACAAUGGACACAGCCCAGGCAGCUUCACCAUGAUGCAUCCGGCAUUCCAGCAGCACCAGCAGCAGCAACAGCAGCAGCAGGGUCAAGGGCAAGGACAAGGUCAGGACCAGGAGAAGCUAUCGAAGACCUACACGGAACUGAAGCUCUACAAGGCACCGGGCCACGCCCAGAUGGAGCUGGGCGGAAUGGCCGCCCUAUCCGGGCACUCCGAUGAAGGAUCCGACGGCUCUGACUCCGAGGAGAUUGAUCUCACCUCCGGCGCCUGCAUUGACUUCUCCCAGAGCAGCAAACUUCAACAGCAGCAGCAAGGAGCUGCGGGGGCAGCGGCAGCGGCGGCGAACGGUGUAAUCUAA